CCGCCUUAUUUGAGUACAUUGUUUGACCUUCGUGAGUUAGCAAUGUCGGAAUUACUUCUGUGUUACAAUAAAGGAUGUGCUCAAAAAUUCAGCCCUGAAGAAAAUAAGGAAGAUUCAUGCAGAUAUCAUCCUGGGGAGCCAAUAUUUCAUGACGCUAAGAAAAAGUGGUCAUGUUGCAAUAAAUACAGUACAGACUUUUCUGAAUUUCUGAGUAUAAAGGGAUGCACUGUAGGAAAACAUAGCAAUAUCCGUCCUGAGGACCCUGUCAAAGAACAAAAGAAGGUUGACCUCCCCGUUAAACCUGUUCCUCCACCUGCACCUACAGCCCCAAAACCAGUUGAUUUGCCUAGACCAUCUUGUACAGAACCCACAUACGAUUUGUCUAUUGAAGUUACAUCAAAUUUGAAAACUGCGUUAGAAAAACUAUCAUUGGAUCCAUCCUUUAAACCGUUAGAAAAUUCGUCGGAGGGAAAUAAUACAGGUAUUCAUCCAAUUGGUACGAAUUGUAAAAAUAGUGGUUGUAAACAGCUUUACACAGGAACUGAGGCAGACUGUGAGUUGUGCUUGUAUCAUCCCGGUGUAGCUGUAUUCCACGAAGGUAUGAAAUAUUGGACGUGUUGUAAUCAGAAAACUAGUGAAUUUGAAGCAUUUGUCAAACAAAUAGGUUGUACAACAGGACGCCAUAACUGGACUGUUGAAGAUGCUAAAUCGACUAAUUUAGCGCUAACAGUCCAGUCGAGCGUGAAUUGUCGUUUUGAUUGGUAUCAGUCAGGUGGUUUAAUCACCCUAAAUAUUUAUGCCAAGAAUAUAUGGCCUGAAACUGUAUCAAUCAAGGCGAAUCAAGUAUUCCUAUGUGUUUCAUUAAAAUUUGGUUUGGAUUAUCAAUUAUUCACAAGAGAUUUUAAUUUAUUCGGUGUUAUAGAUCCACAAAAGUCAACUGUCAAGCUAAUGCCAAUGAAAGCUGAAAUUAUAUUAAAGAAAGCUGAACCAAUAUCAUGGUCUAAAUUGGAAUGUAAGUCGUUAGAAGAUCAGGAGACAAUGGCAAAUGCUGGUGAUAAAGCAAUUUGAAAGCAAAAACAAAUUGUUCAGAAAACCUCUUCCUUUCUCUGUCUUCUAUGCAUCAGUUGUUAAAUUUUCAAUGGAAAAACUCGGUGGAUUUGCAACUCUGUUGAAAAUCUGUGUAUAAUCUUAAUGAAGAUGAUAAUGACAAUAUAUGGUUUCAUUGUGUACUGUUCGUAUGCUUUGCAGACCAAAUAGAAAAGACCUUUUAAGACCAAUUUAAGUUUUCUUUUUUUCUUCAGAGGGUUUUUUUUAUUCAUUUCAAUGUGUUCCAAGUGGAACACAUAUAUACGUUUCUUCUGCAAAGUUUGCAGGCAUUUCUCUUUGUCUGUUCUCAUCAUGGAGCCUAACAAAUUUUCUCAUAUAAUGAGUUUUCUGUUUUUUUUAUUUCACUGUCAAAAGUAUCGGUUGUGCAGAUUUUUCUAGUACGAAAAAUCUAAGUACUAAUGAGAUUUCGUUUAUAUUCAAGAGGAACAAACGACUUGUAAUUGGCCAACCCAUGACUUCCUCCGGAAAAUACCCCGCCUAAUACUGCUAUUUUACCUUCUUGUUAGCAGAACAUCAAGAAAUGAUAAAGUGUUGUCGUUCUCUGCUUCGCAUAUGAACUUAAUUUGUGGGUGAGCCAUAUUGAACGUUUUGAGAAGGAGCUCAGUAUCAAUUUUUCCUUAUGCAAGAUAAGAGUAUCUACAGUAGAACGAGUUCGUUGAUUACGUUCUUGAGUGGACGAUUCUCUAAUUUUUCCAUAAACGUAUCGCCUAAGAGAGGACCUAGAGGGGAGCCUAUUGCCACGCCCUCCACUUGACGGUAAAAUUCGUUGUUAAACUGAAUCUGCACAUUCAUCGUACAACGGAGUAGCAGUUCCCGUAGCGUUUGAGGUGGUGUACCUACGUCCACACCAUUUUCUAUAAGGGAUUCACAGAUGAAGUCGAUGGUCUCUAAUAAAGGGACAUUAGUGAACAGGGAGGUGACAUCCAUAGAGAUCACCGUC